CUAAGUUCAUUUUACGACGUCUGCAAAGAUGCCCGAUCCAGCUAAGACUGCGCCCAAGAAGGGCUCCAAGAAAGCCGUAACCAAGACCGCCGCUAAGGGCGGCAAGAAGAAGAGGAAGACCCGCAAGGAGAGCUACGCCAUCUACGUGUACAAGGUCCUGAAGCAGGUCCACCCAGACACCGGCAUUUCCUCCAAGGCCAUGAGUAUCAUGAACUCGUUCGUCAGCGACAUCUUCGAGCGCAUCGCCGGCGAAGCCUCCCGCCUGGCGCACUACAACAAGCGUUCCACCAUCACCUCCAGGGAGAUUCAGACCGCCGUCAGGCUGCUGCUUCCCGGGGAGCUGGCCAAGCACGCGGUGUCAGAGGGCACCAAGGCGGUGACCAAGUACACCAGCUCCAAGUAAACACUGCUACGACCACCACAAAAACAAAAGGCUCUUUUAAGAGCCAACACACUCUGAUCUGAAAGGUAAAAGGCCUGUUCAAACUGACCAAUUGACAAAUACGACAAACUGAUUACAUAUAAAAACCUAAUCAACAAAUGCACAUUUCACAUGUUCCUUCACAUACUAAUAAAUAUAUCACAUAAAAAAAGCAUUUGUUAAAUUCAGAGAUAUUAAAUGAUAGUGAGCCAAAUGAAGCUUGAAGAUCUGAAGUGACAUCAGAUGGUCAAGCCAAGAAUGUGAAAAAUUUACAACACCCACAGUGGGGACAUUACUUCACGCAACAGCAAAGUACAAAGCACAGAAAACAAUGACAGAAUAAAAGACUGUCAAUGUUGGUCAUUGGAAGGGUGAUUGCACAGUGUUUAAAUAUAAUCCUGUGCUGGUUGCACAUAUAUAAUAAUGCACAGAGAUUACUGUGUAACUGAUUUAGUGGGGGGUAGUAAGCAGUUCUGAUUGCCCCCCCCCCCAUCAAUCAGCAAGGGUGGAUCAGUCUGCUACUGAAGCUGCUCUCCAGAGCAGACAGUAAGAUAGUUCUCCAGUGGGUGAGAGUUCUGGUCCAGGAUGGAUGUGAGUUAACCCAGGACCCUUCUCUCAUCCACCUCCUGCACUGUGUCCAGAGUCCACGACAGAGCUGAACUUUUUAAUGAUCCCGUCCAGUCUCUUCCUGUCCCUCACUGUGAUGCUGCUGCUCCAGCAGACCACACCGUACAGGAUGGCUGACGUCACCACAGAGUCAUAGAAGGUUUUCAGGAGUGGCCUCCUCACUACAAAAGACCACAGUCUCCUCAGCAGGUGGAGUCUGCUGUACAGUGCAGUGUUGUGUCCGAAGCGGGGCAUAUAGAAAGUGAAGAGGAAAGGGUCAGUACAGUUCCUUCUGGGGCCCCCACACUGCAGGUCACUCCUUUUAGCCCACGGCCAAGAGCCAAGUGUAACAAAUUGACUGUUAAAGAAGAUAGUGUCAAAGUGUGACUGCAUCUCAAUU